AUGUCGAUCUAUUUACUAAUGAAGACGCCGCUAAAGUUGCAAAGGCCUAUGACACACGCGAUGAAAAUUCUUAUGGACUACUACAUCAAAAUAGUAUUUGAAGGAGUUCGAAUUCCUUUUGGACUAAAACCAACAAUAGAUAUCAAAAGUGGUGUGAAAGCUAAUCACACUUACUUCUUUGGUGAGCCUACCGCAGCAAAACCAUUUCAAAUUAGAAACCACGAGAACAAAGCGGAUUCUGGCAACGUUGUUAGCGAGAAUUUUGAAAACCAUUAG